AUGGCAUUUCUAGUAUCUCAAAUUCGAGCCAUAUUUAGAAACGAAGAGGAUAAGGAAAGACAGGUUGCAUUGUCAAGGAAAGCAUUCUUUCAACUGAUAGGCUAUUUAGGUGGAUGUGUUAUUAUAUCUUACUUUUCUCAUUUGAAGCAAAUCCAAGAUCAAUCCUUCUAUUGA